UGCGCUGCUGUCAAACCCUUCUUCACAGCUGGGUUAGUUUGCGCAUGCGAAUGGAGUUGAUGUUACUGGAUGCGACCGGAGGGGGAGCAGCGGGUGAUGUUACAGACCGGGACUGUCAUGUAGGAAGUUAGGUUUGUGUCCUGCAAUUGUUUGGUUAUUUUCGGUCAUCGCUUUGCACAUUGUCGUAUUUGUCCAAAUUAGUUCAUUAGUAAUAACGGGUAUUUAGUUAACGCAAUGAAUUGCCAGCUGUCAUUUCAGAACUUACAUAAAAAGCAGCCACACAUCCACUAGCAGGGUAAUAAGCUAUGCUAACUAAGUAGCUGGUAGCAUUGUCGAAUUUGUUUAAGGAAUGUUGCGUAUGAGUUAAAUCUAGCGAUGAGUGAGGCACAUCGGAAAGAAGUUUUCCAGUCUAAAGUUCUUCAGAGGUUGUAUCCGUCAUCCUCCAAGCCUGAGGAAGAACCCAGCCCUCCGCCCCCUGAGAUUAUACAAAAGUUCCCUGUGAAACAACAAGUCGUUCUUCAGGAGGAGGGCCCAGUCACUGGAGAUGUUGGGAUAACGGCAUCCUCAACUGAGCCACACAGGCGGGUAUACACAGUCCUAGCUUCCCCUGCAGAGUACAAGACAGGUGCCGGGGGAUCUGUCACGCUCUCUCAGCCGUCAGGCAUAAACACUGAGGAGGACCCAGCUGAUCAGAGCGCUCAAGAGUCCAAUGAAGAUGGAGACGAAGGACAAAGACAACCCUGGAGGAGGAGGCGGAGAAAGAGGAGGGGAACUACAGCUCCAGGAGGUGGGCCAGUGACGGGCGGAGUGGGCCAGGCUCCAGACUCCAACUGUGGGGGUCAAUCCAAGGCCCCCCCCCCUACGGAGAGUGACGGAGAGUGGCUCAGCAAGAACAAAAGACGAAAACUGAAGAAGAAACGCCACAAGGAGAAGCUGCUUUCUCUGGGUCUGUUGCCCCGCGCCACAUCUCUGGAGUUCACCUACCAGAGAGGGGUUUGUGGGGAGGGGGAAGAAGUGGCGGUGGAGGUGGAGGAGACAAGACAGAAAAGGGCAGCUGAAGUGAUAGACUUCCUCAGGACUACAAAUGAUAUCUACGUGUCUGAUUCAGAUAGGCUCUGUGUGUCCUCUGAAGCGCUGGAAGGCCUUCUGACCAGCCUGUCCAAUGGAACAGUGCCCCCUGCUGGUUUGGCCCAGCUCCACAGCCUCAAAUCCCUGGUGCAAAAACGGGACACAGCAGCUCUUGCCAGGGCUCUGCAGGAGCUCCAGAACAGCUCUGAUGUGUCUCCAGAUGAGGCCACAGCCAUUGUGUCCCUGUUGCAGUACUGGAUCACAGAGAUUUUGCCCAUGCAGAGAGACCGGAAGACAAGCCAACCUGUUACACAACCUUCCUAGGUUAGCCAAACACCUUCAUAGUUGUUGAGGGGUUUUAAACAACACUGCUGACAGAAAAAACUAUUUAUUGUGAGUCCAUUCAUAUUAAAGCUGUGAGCUAUUUGAGGAGACUGCCUCAUGUGAAAGUGCUCACGCGUGUUAUAUGGAUUAUUGUGAUGCUGUUCAUAAUGAGUUUAUUUACAGAAAUGUUUGAAGUUGGACUGUGCAUAUUAAAAUGUUUGUUUAAGGUG